AUGGUGACAGUUUCCGGGGAAAAAAAUGUGUCUCUGACAAGUGUCAGAAAAUGGAGUGCCCGUUUUUGUGCAGGUCGUGAGAGCGUGGGUGAGGCAAACGCUGUCAUCACGAGCGAUCUCAUCGACAAGGUGGACGACGUAGUGAGAAGUGAUCGGCGUGUCGCAUUGCAAAUGUUGGCGGUGAAGGUGGAUGUCAACUAUGGAACCGUGUGGACAAUUGUUCACGACAGGUUGCGAUAUCGGAAGGUGUGUGCCCCUUGGGUUCUGAAGCAGCUCACCGACAAGCAAAAGGAACUGCGCAUGGGGCUAGCACUGCAACAUCUGUUUCGGUACCGGGAAGACCCCGCUUUCAUGGAGCGGAUCGUCACAGAUGAUGAGACCUGGUGA